GUAUUCGCAAUCUAUCUAAGUUUGGUAGCUACCUAAUAUUAGGUAAUACAUAUUAUGGACGGUAUGUAUUCACUAUUAAGGUCCCGAGUCCCGUCGCUUUCAUAAUCAACCUAGGCUACAUUAGAUACCUAAGAUACUUAAAGAUACAGAUAUAAUUUCCUAGUUCGUGUUUCUGUUGCAAAUCUUUGACCAUUUUGAAAUGUCCAUUACUUUAGUUGCAUGACUUUCCUCUAGAAUAUUCAACCGAUACUGUAUUCGAAAUCACCCGCAUUCAGCGAAAAUAUCUUACUCGUUCUAUCAAACGCUGACAGCACCGAGCACUUGAGCCGGGGUUCCUGCACUCCACCUCACAUUUGCGCCGAUCAGCAAGUUGCUCCUCACGACUCUCACCUAUUACUUACCUAUAUACAUUUCUACCAUUUCUAUUUCUACUUCUAUCUAAUGUCUUACUAAUGAUCCCGCUUCGAGCGAAGUCCGAUGAAUUCAUUCGCGAUCAGCUCUGAACAACGAACUGGCCAUAAUUGGCGCAAUCAAAUAGCCGGCCGAUCAACCAUUUCGAUAUCCCUUUGCCAGCCCAAUACAACUUAUUCAACUUAUUACAGUAUUGCUACCAUACAUUCGCCCUCUGCGGCCCGCCCACGCGCGGAUGUCGAUCGAACCGACCGGUAGAACCAAUAUCAAUAUGAGUUGGGUCGUAAAGAACGAGACAGGUAGCGACCCUAACGAUGGCGCGGACCUGGGAAACUGGAGUUCGCUCAUUGGCAUCAUAACCGCAAUAUCGGGCAACGUCCUAAUUGCCCUGGCACUCAACGUUCAGAGAUAUUCACAUAUCAAACUACAUCGACGGCGGGUCGAGGCACGGGAACGAGCGAGGGAAGCGUUAAGGAAAGCCCGGGAUGGUCAUCGUAAUGGCUUCGGAACGACCGACAUACCCGAUGGUAUCGCACACGACAAUGGCGACGAAGCAGAUGAUCAGGUGGCCACGCACCCACUGGCUCAGUCGAUUCAAUCAGUAGAUUCCAACCUAACGGAACGAACAUGCGACGAGUCCAAGGUGAACUCGUCCUAUUUGAAGUCCACGUCCUGGUGGAUAGGUCAGGUUCUAAUGACUGUUGGGGAGAUGGGCAACUUCUUAGCUUACGGUUUCGCGCCCGCCUCGAUCGUAUCUCCGCUAGGUGUCGUGGCUCUGAUUUCGAACUGUGUCAUUGCGCCUAUGUUCUUUGGCGAGAAAUUCCGGACGCGCGACUUCUGGGGUGUCGUCAUCGCUGUGGGCGGCGCUGUCACGGUUGUAUUAAGUGCUAAGACAGAAGAGACAAAACUCGAUCCUCAUAAUGUGUGGGAUCAUAUAACAUCGAUGGAAUUCGAGAUUUAUAUGGGUGUUACCUUCUUUUUCAUCGUCGUCCUAAUGUGGGCGAGCCCCAGAUAUGGCAACCGGACAAUCUUAAUUGAUCUUGGCCUCGUUGGACUAUUCGGGGGUUAUACUGCUCUAGCGACCAAGGGCGUCUCUUCGAUGCUUUCAUCAACACUCUUUAAGGCAUUCACUACACCGGUGACGUACGGGAUGAUAUUCAUUCUACUUGCGACUGCUGUUAUGCAGGUUCGAUACGUGAACAAGGCCCUACAACGAUUCGAUUCGACUCAAGUUAUACCUAUUCAGUUUGUACUAUUUACCUUGUCAGUCAUUAUUGGAAGUGCCAUCCUAUAUCGAGAUUUUGAGCGGACAACAUUGCAGCAGGCAGCCAAAUUUAUCGGCGGUUGCCUGCUUACUUUUUUCGGUGUCUUCCUUAUUACUAGCGGCCGGCCGCGACAUGAUGACGAAGAUCAGUUAUCAGAUGAUGAAAACGUAGAAGAGACCAUCGGUCUUCUCGAUCAAGAAAGGGGCAUUCGUUAUACUGACCACGUCGAGCCGUCCGAGCAUGAACAGCAUCCUCCAACUCCACCUCGGCCUCGAUCGUCAAGGCGUUCAUCAUACGCCUCGCGACUCAAUUUUAUACAUACGAGUGCUAAACCUUUAGCGCACCCACAAAGCAGAGCCCCCUCAACUCGCAAAGCCGAUACGCCAGCUUCCAGGACACCAGUGGAAUCAUCACCGCUUCUUGAUAACCCAUGGAAGUAUUCCCCGGAGGAUCAUUCCUCUCACCCGGGGCUACCAUUAAGGUCGUCGGCGGAUAGCGUCCCUACGAUAUACUCGGUAACCUCUGUUGCUGUAUCGGAGCCUUUACAGUCCAACACAAGUCUCCCAAACCCCGACGUCCCACCUCCUUCUCCAGAUCGACCCUCUACUCCACGAGCUCAUCCUUCCAGACCACAUAGUCAUCACUUUUCCAAUGCUUUCAUUUCCCCGUCACCAUUAUCGUCGACGGUCAGUGCUGUAGUAGCAGAUGCUCUCCUGCGCGGUGAAGAAAGUCCAAGCGGCCGAAGGAGAUCUAUUAGGCGAGCGAGACCUAGUAUCAGAUCGAGCUUAUUUGUCCCACAAAGCGAGGACAACAUCAACUCAGUAGCGGAACCUCUUUUCGAAAACUACCGGGAUGAUGAUGAACCUCCCUACCAGGAUGAUCCCUUACCGAUGGAUAACAAGACACUCCGAGGACGAGCACGCAGCUUAAGUAGCGCGCUGGGAGAGUUUUUCGGACGAAAGAAGCGGAGAAGAGAUUCGGAUCCGGAGCCAGGUCCAGACGAAGAGGGUGGAUACAGCGAUACUUCACGGCAGGACUAGUUGACUAAUAAUUAAAAUAGGAGAGGGUCGGUUUUGCGGAACUAUCCAUGGAUGUUGAUAAUGGGGCAGUCCAAACACGCCGAAGCGCAAAAUCUCUUUUGUGUGGGGUGAAAGGGGAAUCGCAUUGGAUAAGGAGUUCUCCGGUAUUUGCGCGUUUUGCCCGUCGGUACUGCUGCCGCUGCCAGGUGUGCGGCUCUGUUCAUCAUGUUCAUCAUACCCAGUCGUAUAGGACUCGCUCACUGGCUUUCGAAAUCCACAUAGAUCUUUUAUUGAAUACGCUAAUUGAGAUAUCCCUUCCGUUCGUCUAAGGGCAGUCGUUCCUUUUCGGUGAAUCUAUAUCAGCGUGUAUAUUAAGACAACAUCUCCGUAUUCGAUACCGGCUAUUUGACUACUCCAAGUGUUCCUCUCACCAAGCCCUAUAAUAUAGGUAGCUUAUUGCAGCUCAGUGUCACAACGCGUUGUCGAAGACACUAAACUGCCCUUGUAAAACGCCAACCUGCAGGCGGAACGCCACUGCUUAGCCUAUUUUCAUAAGGGCAUGCAAUACCUAGUUGAGCAUUAAGACAACU